CGGGCGCUGGGGUGGAGACUGCGAAGCGAGCGGCCAGGACAGACGGAGCCCACCGCGGCGCGGGCAGGCAGCCGCAGGCGAUCCCGAGCCGAGCCCCGGAACCAUGGCCCUGAGCGAGCUGGCGCCGCUCCGCUGGCUGCAGGAGAGCCGCCACUCUCGGAAGCUCAUCCUGUUCAUCGUGUUCCUCGCGCUGCUGCUGGACAACAUGCUGCUCACCGUCGUGGUCCCCAUCAUCCCGAGUUACCUGUACAGCAUUGAGCACGAGAACAGCACUACCGAAACCCACACCACCAGGCCCGUGCUCUCGGCCUCCACCUCGGACAGCUUCCAGAACAUCUUUUCCUAUUACGACAACUCCACCAUGGUCACUGGGAACACCACCCGAGACCUGCAGAGGGGGCAGCUGCGUAAGGCCACCACACCGCACAUGGUGACCAACACGUCCUCUGCCCCUUCCGACUGUCCCAGUGAAGACAAAGACCUCCUGAAUGAAAACGUGCAGGUUGGCCUGCUGUUUGCCUCUAAAGCCACUGUCCAGCUGCUCACCAACCCCUUCAUAGGACUGCUGACCAACAGAAUCGGCUACCCAAUUCCCAUGUUUGCAGGAUUCUGCAUCAUGUUCGUCUCAACAAUUAUGUUCGCCUUCUCCAGCAGCUACGCCUUCCUGCUGAUCGCCAGGUCCCUGCAGGGCGUGGGCUCCUCCUGCUCCUCUGUGGCUGGUAUGGGCAUGCUCGCCAGCGUGUACACAGAUGACGAAGAGAGAGGCAACGCCAUGGGGAUCGCCUUGGGAGGCCUGGCCAUGGGGGUCUUAGUGGGCCCCCCCUUCGGGAGCGUGCUCUACGAGUUUGUGGGGAAGACCGCUCCCUUCCUGGUGCUGGCUGCCUUGGUGCUCUUGGAUGGAGCUAUUCAGCUCUUUGUGCUCCAGCCUUCCCGGGUGCAGCCAGAGAGUCAGAAGGGGACAUCCCUUGUCACCCUGAUGAAGGACCCCUACAUCCUCAUCGCCGCAGGCUCCAUCUGCUUUGCGAACAUGGGGAUCGCCAUGCUCGAGCCGGCCCUGCCCAUCUGGAUGAUGGAGACCAUGUGUUCCCGAAAGUGGCAGCUCGGCGUUGCUUUCUUGCCAGCUAGUAUCUCUUAUCUCAUUGGAACCAAUAUUUUUGGGAUACUCGCACACAAAAUGGGGAGGUGGCUUUGUGCUCUUCUAGGAAUGAUAAUUGUUGGAAUCAGCAUUUUAUGUAUUCCUUUUGCAAAAAACAUUUAUGGGCUCAUAGCUCCGAACUUUGGAGUUGGAUUUGCAAUUGGAAUGGUGGACUCGUCCAUGAUGCCCAUCAUGGGCUACCUCGUGGACCUGCGGCACGUGUCCGUCUACGGCAGCGUGUAUGCCAUCGCAGACGUGGCAUUCUGUAUGGGAUACGCUAUAGGUCCUUCUGCUGGUGGUGCUAUCGCAAAGGCAAUUGGAUUUCCAUGGCUCAUGACUAUUAUUGGGAUAAUUGAUAUUCUUUUUGCUCCUCUCUGCUUUUUUCUUCGAAGUCCACCUGCCAAAGAAGAAAAAAUGGCUAUUCUCAUGGAUCACAACUGCCCUAUUAAAACAAAAAUGUACACUCAGAAUAAUAUCCAGUCAUAUCCAAUAGGUGAUGAUGAAGAAUCUGAAAGUGACUGAGAUCCUCAAAAGUCAUCAAAGUAUUUAAUUGUAUAAAACAGUGUUUCCAGUGAAAUGACUCAUCCAGAACUGUCUUAGUCAUAUCAUCCAUCCCUGGUGAAAGAGGAAAACAACCAAAGGUUAUUAUUUCUUUUCCAUGAUUAUGAUCGAUUGCCAACAGCCUUAUAAAGAAAAAGAAGCUUUUCUAGGGGUUUGUAUAAAUAGUGUUAAAACUUUAUUUUAUGUAUUUGAUUUUAUUAAAUAUUAUACAAUAUAUUUUGACGAAAUAGGUAUAGUGUAAAUCUAUAAAUAUUUGAAUCCAAAUCAAAUAUAAUUUUUUAACUUACAUUCAUGAACACUUGGGCAAAAAUCUUAUAUUUUUUCUGAAUAUUGGUAAUGAGUGUUUAAAAUUAAAGCACACAUUAUCUCUGAGACUCUUCCAACACAGAGAAACUAGAAGGAAGUCUGAAAAACAGAAUCAAGUAAGAUAGCAUAUAUUACAUAGACACUGAAUGAGUGUUAUUUAACUUAUAGUUAUUAUCAAUAUAUUUGAGUUAAAAGCUAGUUAUUUCAUAUGCAAGGGACAAGAACUUGAGUCAGUCAUCUUUUGGAUUUAUCCAUAAAUCUUAAAUGGCAUUAGUUUUCUAUAUAAUCACCUACCUGGAAAGAGAUGGUUUUAAAAUUUUACAUGUCAUAUGGUUGGCAGCAAACAUUAAAGCCAACAAGGGAAACACAGUAAAUGUUCUGAAAGCAAAGCAAAGCACCCAAAUGUAUAGUCUUGAACUAGCAGCUUUCCCUUUAAGAUAUAUACUUGAUUCUUACUGGAACAAACAAAAUUGAGGGUAUAUGUAACACUGUUAAGGUUGUUUAAACCAUGAUAAAGUUCAAGGUUUAGAAAAAGGAACUUAAUAGGCUAAUAGCUGCUGACUUAGAAAAUCAGACUAUACUAUUAGACUAUACCUGUUUGCAGGCCAUCCAAGUGUUUUCUAGGGAUCUAUUAAUUUUAGGUUCUAAAAUUAUUUUCUAGACUUCCUGAAAGUUGUUCACAGCAAUGUGAACAAUUUUAAUGAAAUUUUAAUGAAAAUGGGAAGAAUGAAAUUGUCUUCAAUCAUGUAUUAGGAAAAUGGGUAAAAAAAAAAAAAAAUAGGGCGGUCAGGACUUAUCCCCUUUCACAGGCAGAAAAGAAAAACCAAACAUCUAAAAAUGUUGUGUUAACUGUGUCAUCUAGUGUACAGUGUAGUGUAGUUUUUCUAAGUGUGACAAA